AUGUCCUCAGCCCCACAUGAAAACACAGUAGAAAUAAGAAAAAUACUUAGCAACUUAGAAAGCCAAACAGACAUAAUGGAUUCCUUAUCGAAAUUCAGAGACAUAAUGCUUAUAAACAAGGAUGACAAUUUGAUUAGACUUGUGCUGCAGAAGGUUCAUGGUAUUCUCCACAGUUCAUAUAACAUUGAAUACAUAGAAAUACUUUUGGAUACUAUUCAUGUUGAAGAGACAUUCGAUGAGGUAUUCAGAAUAAUUCUCAGCUUUAGAGAUCGAUCAGACAUUUUUAGGGUUCUGUCCAGACUUAGAAACAACAAUGAAUUGAUAAUAUUCAAAUAUUUUAAAGAACUUAAAAACAGUCCCUUUCCUAGCGAUUUUUUCAAAGAAAUGGAUAAAAGAUAUAUCGAGAUUUUGGAUGAGAUCGAGUAA